AUGGAUGUGUGCGCGGGUCUUGCCCUGUGGCUCCUCUGGGGGCUUCUCCUGCAUCAGGGCCAAAGCCUCAGCCAUAGCCACCAUGAGAAGGCAACCAGUGCAGGGACCAGUCCUGAGGAGUCCACCGCCGCAGAAUUUUGCCGGAUUGACAAGCCCCUGUGUGACAGUGAGGAUGAGAAGCUCAGCUUUGAGGCUGUCCGCAGCAUCCACAAAUUGAUGGAUGAUGAUGCCAAUGGUGAUGUGGAUGUGGAAGAAAGUGAUGAGUUCCUGAGAGAAGACCUCAAUUACCAUGACCCAACGGUGAAACACAGCACAUUCCAUGGUGAGGAUAAGCUCAUCAGUGUGGAGGAUCUUUGGAAGGCAUGGAAAUCUUCAGAAGUGUAUAACUGGACCGUAGAAGAGGUGGUGCAGUGGCUGAUCACAUAUGUGGAGCUGCCUCAGUAUGAAGAGACCUUCCGGAAGUUACAACUUGGUGGCCAUGCCAUGCCAAGGCUAGCUGUAACCAAUACCACCAUGACAGGGACCGUUCUGAAGAUGACAGACCGGAGCCAUCGGCAGAAGCUUCAGCUGAAGGCCCUGGACACAGUGCUUUUUGGGCCUCCUCUCUUGACCCGCCACAAUCACCUCAAAGAUUUCAUGCUGGUGGUGUCUAUUGUUAUUGGUGUUGGUGGCUGCUGGUUUGCCUAUAUCCAGAACCGUUAUUCCAAGGAACACAUGAAGAAGAUGAUGAAGGAUCUAGAGGGGUUACACAGAGCUGAGCAGAGUCUCCAUGACCUUCAGGAAAGGCUGCACAAGGCCCAGGAGGAACACCGAACAGUGGAAGUAGAGAAGGUACAUCUGGAAAAGAAGCUGCGUGAUGAGAUCAAUCUUGCCAAGCAGGAAGCACAGAGGCUGAAGGAACUGCGGGAAGGCACUGAGAAUGAGCGGAGCCGCCAAAAAUAUGCUGAGGAGGAGUUGGAGCAGGUUCGAGAGGCCUUGAGGAAAGCGGAGAAGGAGCUGGAGUCACACAGCUCAUGGUAUGCUCCGGAAGCCCUUCAGAAGUGGCUGCAGCUGACACAUGAGGUGGAGGUGCAGUACUAUAACAUCAAGAAGCAAAAUGCUGAGAAGCAGCUGCUGGUGGCCAAGGAGGGGGCUGAGAAGAUAAAAAAGAAGAGAAAUACACUCUUUGGCACCUUCCACGUGGCCCACAGCUCUUCCCUGGAUGAUGUGGAUCACAAAAUCCUAACAGCUAAGCAAGCGCUGAGUGAGGUGACAGCAGCACUACGUGAACGGCUACACCGCUGGCAACAGAUUGAGAUCCUUUGUGGUUUCCAGAUUGUCAAUAACCCAGGCAUUCACUCACUGGUGGCUGCCCUCAACAUAGACCCCAGCUGGAUGGGCAGCACUCGCCCCAACCCUGCCCACUUCAUCAUGACUGACGACGUGGAUGAUAUGGAUGAGGAGAUUGUGUCACCCUUGUCUAUGCAGUCCCCCAGCCUGCAGAGCAGUGUUCGGCAGCGCCUGACGGAACCACAGCAUGGCCUAGGAUCUCAGAGGGAUUUGACCCAUUCCGAUUCGGAGUCUUCCCUCCAUAUGAGUGACCGCCAGCGGAUGGUUCCCAAGCCUCCUCAGAUGGCCCGUGCUGCAGAUGAGGCUGUCAGCGCCAUGACUUCCAAUGGCAGCCACCGGCUGAUUGAGGGGGUCCACCCAGGGUCUCUGGUGGAGAAAUUGCCUGACAGCCCUGCUCUGGCCAAGAAGGCACCACUGGCACUGAAUCAUGGGCUAGAUAAGGCCCACAGCCUGAUGGAGCUGAGUUCCUCACUCCCUCCCAGUGGCUCUCCACCUUUGGAUUCUUCCCGUUCUCAUAGUCCCAGUUCCCCAGAUCCAGACACACCGUCUCCAGUUGGAGACAGCCGAGCCUUGCAGGCCAGUCGAAAUACACGCAUUCCCCACCUAGCUGGCAAGAAGGCUGUGGCUGAGGAGGAUAAUGGUUCCAUUGGUGAGGAGACAGACUCCAGCCCAGGCCGGAAGAAGUUUCCCCUUAAAAUCUUUAAGAAGCCUCUUAAGAAGUAGGCAGGAUUGGGGUGGUAGUAGUAGGACAACUUGUCCUUUCCUGGGUUUUCUGCCUUCCCAUUCUCCACCAAGAUACCUGGGCUCUAGAUUGAGGUUUGGGAAGGGCUAGCCCAAAGCCUGGGCACUGUACAUACCCACUCCCCUUGUCCUUGGGUCCUUCAAGAUUAUUUAUUAACUGACCACCAUGGCCUGCCUGCCCUGCCUUCCUCUCAACAAUGGGCUGCUGUCGUCACUCCCUCUCCACUUCAGUGCAUGUCUUAGUUGCUAUCUUCCCUCUGCUCCAUCAACUUCCAGUUCUACCUCUGGGGUCCAGGUUCUGCCUCUGCUGUCCCAGUUUUAAGGUUUGGUUUCUUGUUUCUCUCUGUCUGCUGCUUUCAGACUCCUCCCUUCCCCUACUCCUCAACUUCCUUUUGCAGCUUUGGGGAAGAUUAGGUGGGGUAAUAUCUGACACUUGUGUCUCAGGUCAUUUCCACCCCACCCUGGGCCUAUUCUUUGAGGUUUGUAUUUUGGGAGUGUGAGAGGCCUGGAGAAGCCUCAGCCUGGAGCUCAGUUAGUUCUCCAGGGGACCAUAGGGAAGUGAAACCAACUCCCAGGGAACAAACCAUCAACUUCUAAAGAGAGGCCAAACUAGGGGAUGGAUCGGGAGAAAAUUCUUCAUUGGGGAUGAGAGGAUGCCAGAGCUGUGUGUAAUAAGGCAGUCACCUUUCUUCUCCCACCUAUACCUGCCACCUUCUUCCCUCUGCUCAUCUAAAAUGCAGGAGGGUUUGUCUCUAAGAGGUGCUGCCCCAGUGCUCCCCAAGCAUCAAUACUUUUGGGGCUCAGGACAACUGGCUUCCUGGCUAUGGGAGCCACAGCCAUGAUACAGGGCUCCAAUGGGGCCCAGCAACUGUUGGGUUAUGAUGCUGUUGCAUUUGAACCAAAAGACAAAACAGUUUAAAAGUGGAAAAAAAAAAAUCUCAAUUUCCCAAGUGCCUGCACCACAUACUCCCCUUGCCAACUCCCAUUUUCAUGUUACUGCAUAGCUUGGGCCAGAGGGUCAAAGACACAAACCAGUCUAGGGGAGGAGGGGCUAAGGAAGAUGGUAUACAUGAAAGCGGCUUGUGACCACUUCCCCCUCUCCUCCUUCUUACCAGGCUCUAGACAACUCCUUCCUUUACCUGUUUUUGCUAUGGCUGUAAAGGUUAUUUUCCCUCUGCCACACUCCCUGUCAUCUUUCCCUGGGAUCCUGUUUUGGGCCUGGGAUGGGUGUAUCUGGGACUGGUCUUAGGAGAGUGCUAGGCUACAGACUGCCUUGUACCUCUAGACCCCUCACAUGGGUUUUUCUGUGUCAUUUGAUAAGACUCUUUGAAGUCCAAUAAAGCAUGUAGGAGAUUUUAACC